GAAAUAAACCUCUCAAGAGGCCAGGAUCUCUUUGGAAUGGUUGGCAGGCUUUAUCAACCAUUCCACAACCAGCAGUUGAAAUCUAUGUCAUGGUGCAGUGACUCUUACCAUCCAUUUUGUUCCUCUCGUAAGGUGAUUGGAGGAAACCAGCAUCUCAUGGAUGGGUGCAGCGGAAGCCCGACAAAGUUGCCAGCAUCAGACAUCUCAGCAUUAGAAGAGUCCACCUUCAAAGUCGGUCGCCUCUCCAUGGAAGAGAGGAAGGAGAAGAUCCACAGAUACCUGAAGAAGAGGAAUGAAAGAAACUUCAGCAAAAAGAUCAAGUAUGCUUGUAGGAAAACUCUAGCAGAUAGCCGACCUCGUAUCCGAGGGCGAUUUGCAAAGAAUGAUGAGUUCAGAGAGGCAGCAAGACACACCUCCAAUCACCAUGAGUUCGAUGAAGAGGAGGAAGUAAAGGUGAAGGAAGAAGAUAUACUUGACUCCUCGGAUAUACUUGCUCACAUCAGUGGCGUGAAUUCCUUUAAAUACAACUACACUCUGGAGUCCUGGAUAUGAGUCAUAUGACCAAACAGAUGCCGGAGUUGGUAUUAUUGCUACGUCUGGCCAUUCACCAGUGGGCGUAAUCAUUAUCCCUUUCAAAUAAACAGAAAGGCAUGGAGGCAAUCGUUGUCUUCAGUAGUGUUGUACAUCACAAUUUCCAUGAUUGCAGAAAUAGCAAGAGAUUUUCUUGCCAUUUUAUUGUUAUCUCGUUUCAACGUGAAAGACCCAUAAUACAUACUUCACACUAAAUAAAGCAGGAAUCUUUGAGUCCUAAACAACAGUCAAAACGAAUGGCCAAAAU